AGACACGGAAUGGAAGAUUCUAUUGUGAACACUCAGUGAGGAAGAAAGGUUAACAUUGUCAUUUGGUGAAAUGUCGAAAUUGCCAGGAGCGUGUGAGGUUGACUGACUUGACAUAUUCUGGAGUGUAUUUAGAGUUUCCGAAUCAUUCCCAGUCACUGCAUAACGCUAACCAGACUCUCCUUAUUCUUCGAUGGCUAGUCGUCACACCAUUAUUCUAAUGCAGACCUCUCAGAACAGAGCAACUAGGACUUUCAUGGAUUAUGAAUCUAUAACUCAGGCCAUGGACGGCAUAUGUGCACUAUAUGAAAGGAAACUGAAGGAGUUGAAUCCAGCCAUCAGAAAUCUCUCUUAUGAUAUUACUGAUCUUUACAACUUCAUAGAUGGUCUUGCAGACAUGAGUGCCCUAGUAUAUGAUAGUUCAAUUCAUGCUUACUUACCGCAUGAUCGACAGUGGAUUAAGCAACGAACUUUGCAACAUUUGAAGAAUUUAGCACAUUGAUUAGUCCUUUAACUUUUUGGCAAAUUAAUGUAAAGAAAAUGGCCAAAGACUGAACCUGUCUGUUAUGUGGGCUAUACUCCGAUGGCUAUGUAAUAUGAAUAUUACAAACGCUGGCUCGUAAUUAUAUCAAUAGCGUUGGUACUAGUGAAGUUUCAUAAACAAAUGGUUGUUGUGGACUUACCUUCUAUGUCUAGAAGAUUCUGUCUUUUUAAAAAUCUUCAUCUUACAGUUGUAUUAUUAAUUAGUAAGUUGCAUUUUUGAGUUA